AUAAGAGUUGGGGCUGGGGGGGCCAUAUGCCCUUAAUAUUCAGCACCAAAUGACAGAAAUGCAAAGCAAAGAAACCCUCUUCAUAAAAAAAAUUCCCCAAACUAAAACCAAUUAAACCCUCUUCCUCCCAUCUUCCUUAGUAUGCAAAACUGAAAAAGUGAAAAACCCAUUAAAGAGUUCCCAAUUACUAGGCCACCGUAAGCAGCUUAAAAAUCCCAUUUUAACCUUUUAUUUUUCCUAUUUAUGUUUAUUUAUAUUAUGACACAGCAAGUGAAAAUCUCUCUAGAAAAGAGCAAGACCCACACUCCCUUCCUUUCCAAAUUCCCAUCAACUUUUGCAACUCAAACACUAAGCAAAGUACCAACCUUCUCAAGAACCAUGAUGCCUGCAUAUGGGGUCAUCUUUUCUCUUAUUUUGCUGCUCUUCUUGGCUACUGUGAUUACCAACACUGAAGCAAGUUCAGUCCAAGUAAAUGGGUCUGUGGUGGCGGAGAGCUUGGUGGUGCCGCCACUGGUGCCUCUGGUAGGGUCAGGAAAGUUGGAGAUGAUGAUGAAUGAUAGCAGAAGAAAGUUGGGGAGCUUUCAGAUAUGUGCUUUGUGUACUUGCUGUGGAGGAGCUAAAGGGCUCUGCUUGCCAUCUCCAUGUUGCUAUGCCAUCAAUUGCAACAUUCCCAACAGACCUUUUGGCUUCUGUUCUUUCACCCCCAAGACCUGUAAUUGCUUUGGAUGCCAUAUCUGAAUUCUUAUCUCUACAAAGUUUAUAAUUUAAUAUUGUUUAAUUUGGUGUUGGGAGAGUGUGAAUGGGGAAGAAUAUCUGUUCUUGAUU